GUUUGGGUUUUGGCUUGGGUUUGGAAUUAUAAAAGUAGGUGACACUGCAAGUAAAACUACUUGUAAAACCACUGUAAAAAAGUUCAUUGUUUUUGAGAAGGGUGAGAGAGAAAGAAGAAUGCCUCCAGAUCUAGACAGAGGGAACGAGAAUAGAGUGGAGGCUGCUGUUCACCGGGCAAGAGUAUUCAUCAAAUCCACUGCUACCGUAUACUUCUCCUUGGUUGGAUUGCUGGUUGGUUUCAUUCAAAUUAAUCAGGGUGCAGCUGAGUCACCAUUCAAAACCCACCCUAAGAGCAUGCUAGCUUCCUUGAUGUCAGCAUGCAUCUACAGCUUGGCCCUUGUGUUGAAAGAAUUUGUUGAACUUGAAAGGCAGGAAAUUAUUGGUGAAAACUAUGCUCGAUUUUGCUAUGUUACUCUGAUCGUUGCAGGUCUCACACCAGCCUCGCUUGUCUCCGCUUUGGUCCCAGAUUGGCUUAUUUGGCUUCCAUAUGGCAUCUGGUUCAUUUUCUCCGUCAUUGUUGUGCGCUUAAAGGCAUGGGACUUGUUCACAGGCUUCCUCCCAGCCCAGAUUGCUGGUCCUGAUAAUGAAAAUUAAAUGGUAUUAAUAUGUAGUGCGUAUGUAUGUAUGUUUAAUAAUGAGCUACAUGUUCAAUAGUGUGUUGGAGUAAAGGAAUGUGGAGUUUGUUAUGCUUGGUUUGUAAUCCCUGCUUUUCAAUUUCCGUGUG